AUGUCAAAGGUUGGAAAGAUUGAUCCAAGAGUUAAGGAAUAUUUGGAAGAAGCUGGAUAUGAUAAAUGGUCUCGAUGUCACUCCCCUGUUAAUAGAGAUAGAAUGAUGACCUCUAAUAUAACUGAAUGUAUUAACGGUUGUUUGGUAGAGGCUAGAGUACUUCCUAUUUUAGGUUUCCUUGAAGAAGUUAGGAUUCUAUCCGCUACAUGGAAUUGUAAGAACAGUGAAAUUACAUCUUAUACAAACACAACACUUGGGAGAAGAUUUCAAGAAAUACUAACUGAUAAUGGAGUUAAAUCAUUGCGGAUGACGGCAGCCGGUAGUUAUUUGUACUGUGUGUAUGAAUCAGGAAGAAGGUACAUUAUUGAUAUUGAUCGUGGCACUUAUAAUUGUUGUCGGUAUCAAAUUGAUGAAAUUUUAUGUGCACAUGCAAUUGCCAUUUUGAAGAGUAUAAAUGUUGAUGGAAAAGAGUAUGGACGUUACUGCUCAGAAUUGUACAGGCCAAACACCAUUGUCAAGACGUAUGAACUCCCCAUAGUUCCUAUGCCAGACAUGAAAGAUUGA